AUGAUAAAUGAAUUAGAAUUAUUAAAAAAUAAUUCUAACGUACCCGAACAAAAUGCACUUACUAAUAAUACCGAAAUAUCUGGUAUUCCUUUAUGUGUCAACGAGUCAUUAAAUGAUGUAAUUAUCUGCUUUGGAAAAAAACUAAACAUUGAAAUUAAAAACUCCAAUUUAUCAAAACUAUAUAGAGAGAAAAAUAAUAAAGAUAGUCAGGGAAAGAUUAUUGUUCAUUUUAUUAAUAAAAUAAUAAAAGAUAAUUUGGUAUCUGGAAUUAAAACCUUAUACAAGUCAGGUAAACAAUUGACGUCCAAUCACGUUAAUUCGAAUUUCCCAGAAACAAAUAUAUAUAUAAAUGAUCAGCUAUCAAAGGGAAAUAAAAGAUUAUUCUGGUUAUCGAAAUUAUUAUCAAAGACGUAUGAUUUCAUAUAUACCUGGACUAACUCAAGCGGAGUCUUCAUGAAAAAAAAUUAUAGUUCACAUAGUUUUCGAGUCAUAUCUGUCAAUCAACUUAUCAAGAUUGAUGUUGAUAAAAAAGUUAUUCAACUCUAUGAUGGCGUAAUAGAACAUUAA